AGCAGCAGCAGCAGCAGCAGCAGCUCUGUCUGCACAACUGACUCUGCUUCCUAGCCAGCAAUUUACUCCAAAGCUACUGAUUGGCCAGACCACUGACAGAGGGCUGGGACAGAACCUCUAUAUAUUCCUAAAGGAGGCAAAGGCAGCCUCAGACCGUGCUGAAGUUGAGUUCGGACACUCCUACCGUCCUGUUCACAGUUUGAGCUCAAAACACAGGAAGUCAAAAUGUGCAAGGGACUAGCAGCCCUGCCCCACUCCUGCCUGGAAAGGGCCAAGGAGAUUAAGACUAAGUUGGGCACUCUCCUACAGAAGCCCGAUGCGACCAUCGACUUUAUCAUACCAUAUCCUGAUAAGCCGGAAAAGCCUGUGAAGACCCAAAAGCCUUCACCAGAAGAGGCUUUACAGUGGCGUGAUUCCCUGGAGAAGCUUUUGCAGAACAACUAUGGACUUGCCAGUUUCAAGAGUUUCCAAUCUGAGUUCAGUGAGGAGAACAUUGAGUUCUGGAUUGCCUGUGAGGAUUAUAAGAAGACCAAGUCACCCAUCAAGAUGGCUGAGAAGGCAAAGAAAAUUUAUGAAGAAUUCAUCCAAACUGAGGCUCCUAAAGAGGUGAAUAUUGACCAUUUCACUAAGGCCGUGACUAUGAAGAACCUGGUGGAACCUUCACCAAGUAGCUUUGACAUGGCCCAAAAGAGGAUCCAUGCCCUAAUGGAGAAGGAUUCCCUGCCGAGAUUCAUCCGAUCGGAGUUUUAUCAGGAACUGAUCAAGUAGCAAUGUGAAAGGCAUCUUGGGAGUCUUUUUUGCCCAGUAGCAACCUCCCUCUUUCUUUCCAGUAACCUACAAAGUUUUCCAUAGUAGACGUACCCUGAUGAUCACCCAACCUGAAAACAUCCAGGUGGUGUUGCUAAGAUAUUUUCCCCCACAUUGUUUUGGAUAUACUCAAGUUUGACCAGUGUUCCUGCUCAUAAAGUAUAAAACCUCAGAAUCUCAGAAUUGGAAGGCAUCCACAAGGACUGUCCAGUACAGUGCAGGCCUGAAUGAUGAUCUUUUCCACUAUAUUCUUGAGGCUGGUCAUCCAGCCUCUUCUCUCCUCGUAUGAAUAGGACAUAGAGCCUCAUCAUCUACUCAGAUCAGUCAUGCAAUGUGCUAAAAGGUUUCCCAUGUCAGAACAAAAGCAAGGGGAAACGAGGAGAAUUGACUGUAAUGAAGGAUGUGGGCAAAUCCAGUUCAGAUAAUGCAACCAGAUGAUUACAAACUGGGUUGACAACAGGUCUAAUUAUAUAAAAGUAGUUAAGAGGUAGUCAAAUAGAUUUCUUGUUGUUGUUUCCAUGACCCAGAGGGAACAAGAAUGCCAGAAUGAGUGCCAUUAUUUCUUCAGGCAUUUCUGAACCAUCAUGUAUAUCCAGGAAGAGGCAGAGAUCUUGUGAAGUAGCCCGCUCUUUAUUUUCUUAAACAGAUAUUAUUUAAGUUGUUGAAAGACAGCAUGGAGCACUGACUAGAGAGCCAGCCUUGGAAUCCCAAAGACCAGGGUUCAAGAUCUCCUUCAAACACACACAGCAAAGUCACUUAACUUUGAAGAGGGCCAGGCAACUCUCUUAGGUUACAAAUUACUGAACAAGUGCUGAUCUGUAUUCAUAGAGAAGAUCUCUUGCUAGAUGAAAUGAUGGGUUUGGACUUUUUUAAAAAGAUACUCUUUAAAAUUUUGUAUAUUCCCUCAGCAUCUUCAUGUAGGCUGAAAGUUAAAAAUACUAUUAUCAAUCAUUUAUGUCCAUAUAAAAACAGUCUAAGUUCUAGAGGCUUCUUCCCUUACAAAGAAAACACUAGAUUAUACUGUGCAAACAUCAGUGCAAUAGUGACAAUAUGGUCUUUUUUAGUCCAAGGUCUUGGUUCAAAAGAUGAUUUUUCAAAUUGCCUUCUGUAUAUCAGAAAACGAAAAUUUCUAAUACCUCAAACACCAAGUUGUGCAAAAUAAAAUCCACUUCUAUUCAAUCUCAUUGUUAAGGGGAUGGCUGUGGCAGAAUGCAGAACCAACUUGUGAUCUAAUGAAAUGAGAAAUAGUAUAGAUGGGGAGAAAUGGGAAAUGGUCUGUCUGUAACAAUUAUUCCAUGGCCUAGUCUUUGGGGUGCCCAGCCCUCAUUCUAACCAUUCCUGAGACCUUGAACAAAUGAGGACAGUGAUAAUAGUACUUUAUUCUUUAAAAAAAAGGAUAAAGAUCCCAAGUACCCCCUUCCUUCCCAGUCACACAUACGCUCUGAAUUGAACAUUGUCACAGAAUACUUAAUCUCCCUUGGUUGAUCAAUUGUUUACACCUAGAAAAAGGGGAGAAGUAUCUAAAAACUAUAAAGCAUGUAGACCUACCUAACAUAUGUACCUACUCCCCAAUACCAUCAUAGUUAAUUAGUAGAAAUAAUACUAUCUUUGAACACUCUUAUUUUUUUGGGAAAAGUUACCGUGACUAUCCCUAGAGCUAGAGGGAGAUGGAGUAGUCAGUAUUUUCCAAAACAAUGUGGUCUUUUAGCAACCCAAACUCUUCCCCCAAUUUCUGCUAUCAGCACUAAUGAACUCAUAAUCACAGUAGCCAUGCAUGACCCCAAGAUGCCUGAUAUAGCUCUUAACUCAUGGUACCAAGGUAUUUUGUGGUAUGUUUGUACUCUUGUCUAUUUUAGUAUGGUAAGCAACCUUGUUCUAUUUCUUUUCCCUGUAGUAGAUGUGCCAAAAUCAUUUUUCUUCAAAUUGUUGUGACAUAAAAAUGAAUCUGGAAGUCUGAGCAUAUUUAAAUCAUGUCUUUGAACAAAUUUAUCGGGGCAAUUGAGGUUUUGAUGAUGAAUUUCACUCAAAGAAGAAGGAUUCUGAUGCUAGCGAGAGGAAUAAAAUGUAUGUUGUACUUAAAGCAGAAAGAAUAAAUUGUUUAGUUUCCAGCAAUCUAUUUCCCCUUUCCCAUCCCUUUUUUCCAUUUGUUUUUGUAUUUGUCAGUCCUCUAUUUCCAUAAGAUUAUUUCUUUUUUAUUCAGUUGUUUCUUAAGGAUAAUGAAAGGAUUCUCCCAAUAUCACCCUAUGCUUUAAGAUAAAGCUAACCCUAAUGCUAAUCCACACCCAUGCAGAGUUUUCACAGGAUACUUCGUCUUUCCUGAUGAGCCAUUGCAUCACAUCUAGCAAAUGUCAAGGUGGAGGGGGAUGAGGUAGGUAGAAUAACCAAAAGUCACUGCUCACAGUUUCCUUCAUGUAUGCUAUGAAUCUGUCAUCCUCGGUCAGGUGCUCACUUCAAACACAAUCAAUCCAUGACACAGUGAAGAAUGACUCUAUGUCUAGAUAACUGUGUCUGUCCAUGAACCCUCACUUUCCCUAGUGUCCUGAUCUGGAUAACUCUUUGUUCCAACAGCUCAGGCACCCAGGAAUUUAUUCAAUGGCUUUUAAAAAAAAAAGAUUUGCAAUGAGAAUGUGAAGCCUAGGGUUAGACAAUUACUUGUUGAGUGGGUAUGUGCAGACCAACCACAAGAAAAGAAAACCUAAAGGUAUAUUUAUUAGCCUACGUUUUCCAAAGUAGCUGUCAACACAGGCAGGAAGAAAAAAGUAGAAAAAUGUGACAACCUCUUGGGCUAUGUGGUUCAGGCCUUCAUGGGGGGGGUUCAGGGAAAGUGGGACCCUCUUUGGCAACCUGGAGUUUUAAAAAGACUGAGGACACUUGGAGACAGGUUUUAAUUGUGUCAAAAUGUCUACAAAAGAGUAAAAACAAUUCAGCCAAAAAUCCAUGCAUUUUGUCUAGAAUAUAUCAAAUGUUCUGCUAUUUUAACUUACUUGGAACCUGACUUUUUAGUCUCUUUUUGUAUCUGUUUGGGGUCACACAGGAUGAUGGAGUAGAAUUGUCGGGGAGAAGGGUAAGAACUAUUUUUUCUAGAUUUUUUUCCUGAACUGCAUGAGCACGAGGACAAGGAGCUAAUAGUAUGUUUGUCUCCAUGCCUGUCAAACCAGCUCUUUUCAGUAGACACCCCCAAAUUAAAUGUGGUAAUGUUUUUAAAUGUCAGACAGACAUCCUCCUAAUAGAUGAAGUAAGUAGAAAAGACCAUAAACAAGAAAAAAUGCUGAAACUCAAAUUUGAAAAAAAAAUCUAAGUACUUUUAAAUCUCUGAAAAAACUUAUCUGAGAAUCUCUUUUAUUUAAAGAAUCAGACAAAAAGAGUAUUUACCAAAAAAUCGCUGUGUUACAAGCAGUUUCCAUAGAAACACAAUGAAAAUAAUUUCUUUUUCUGGGGAACAGGAGGAGUUGAGAUAUUUAUUCGAGAAUUUUUUAAAAUCUAAUAGUCUUGCAUCUUUUCCCCUCUUUUCCCUUGAGCAAAUUGCCUGGGAAAGCAUGAGACUUAAUAACAAGGGAGCACUGUGAUGCUUCCAUUUUCCUUCCUUGUGAAAAUAUAACUGCGGCUGUAAGUGGGUUUGGCCUGUGUGAGGUUGUGGAUGGUGGAGGAAGCAAACAAGGGUCAACAGCAGUGGGGAAUAUGUUUCUCUUCCCAGACAAAAAAAAAAUGAAGACUAGGCCAUGAAACUAGACCUUUUACUGCCUGGGUUUGUUAUGGGUUUCAGUUGGGUCAGAACAUGGGCUGAGGCAGGGCUGGGAAAAAGAAAUAGGACAACGAUUGUGAAGUAAAAUACAGGUUAUGUUGUUCCCAUUUGUUUGCUAUAAGUCUGCAUGGACAUAUUCCUGAGUGGAGACACAUAGAAACACGUUUCCUCUCUCUCUCUCUCUCUCUCUCUCUCUCUCUCUCUCUCUCUCUCUCUCUCUCUCUCUCUCUCCCCCUCUCUCCUUCUUUCUCUCAACUGAGCUCUCAGAUGGAGAUGUUUUGAAGUGAGGGGGUCCAUUUUCAGAGAAGCCAAGGCAAUUUAGCCCAGGCACUGUGAAAAAAAAAGAGCUAAAUGAAGUUAUAAACAACGUUCGGGACCUCCUUCUCCCCUUCAGUCAUAUCCUGGACAGAUAAGCUUGCAUGAUCAUUAUGAUUGUGAAGGGAUAGUUGAAACUUGGUGAGAAAAGUGACUUUAUGUAGUUUUUCUCGCUGCAUUUCCCCAAAAUAAAUUCAUUGUACGCAAAAUUGAGGUUGAGAUAAAGAUGGCAGUUGACAAGCUGUGAUGUAUGAAAACAAUGUGAUUUUUCCUUUUCUCUAAGUUAAGAUUCCCUGGUUCCAGAUCAUUCAGUACAAUACCAACUAAAUGUCUCAAUUUGUGCACCUUUCAUUUUCCAAUUUCUAUAAAAUUAGAGUUGAGUUCUAUAAAAUUAGAGCUUGUACCUAAUAUGCAUACCAGCAAGACCAUCCAUUCCCAUGCCUCUGAUUAAAACUGAAAUGCCCACACAAUCUCCCACUAAUUUAAUUAUGGGGCCAAUGUUGAAGCAAUCUGACUGGAUUGUGAUGUCACCCAUAGUUUAGGCUAACCAAAGCCUUCCGGCUUCAAGGCACCAGAGCUGGCCUGCUUCUGGGGAACAGACACAUUCUGAUCCAAUCAUUUUGGCUUCCAUUCCAUGCUUCAUCCUCUGCUCAGUGCUAUGAGGACUGUGUGACUGCAGAUGUGUUCUCCCUUCCUCCUCCUGAUUAUUGAAUCUGCUUAAGCAGCAUUGUUUAAAAAGAAUCUUAAAGAGCAUUAAUUUCAUCACUGAGCCAUAGCUUGUAUGCUUUUUGAUCAUCUUGUUGGCCAAGAAUGUUUCAGGAAAAGAACUUCCUUCCAUAAAAAAAUGUCCUAUCUAGCUGAACUUGGCCUCACCCUUCCUGGCAGACAGGGAUGAGCUAGGGAGAAGUGUGCCAGAUGUAUGUGUCCCCCAUUCAUUAAAGGGAGUCAAAGCUGCAUGCUAAGUUCUUCCCACAAAUCACCAAGAAAAAAAGAAGUUACUCUUAAUGGCUAGGAAACAAUUUUGAACAAGCCAUCAGACCCUGAUUUAUACAAAGCCCAAAUACUGCCACUUUUCAGAUUGUUUGGAAGGCACUUGCUUCUUAAUCAGUACCCUUCACAGUUCACUGAAUGAUGGAAAAAUGGUUAGAUAGGAGCUGCAUUUUAACUCUGGGCAGACCUCUGAUUACAACAAAGAAUGUCUGAGACCAGGUGUUCAUUCCAGUUGGUCUGGAGUGAGCUGAGAAGGCAUGAGCUUGGACUGGGGAGGUUGGAAAGCUUCCAUGACCCAAGGAGUUUGAACCCCAAGAGCCUGCUAACUCUUUGAGGGUUCAUGGCUUGGGAUCAUAGUGAAACUCAAAAACCCCCUAAAUGGGAUUGUCACGUAGUUACAUCUGGAGUGAGCCUUUCACUUUUCACCUUUCACUUCAAACAUCCCUCCUGAAGCUGCUGGUGGUAAACCCAUCCUUCUUCCCCAGGAGGCAUGUCCGGGUCCUGCCAGAGGGGUUUAUCUCUAAGACAGCUAAUCUUCCAUCUGAGAUAAGGUUCUUGAAACUGAAUGAAAGUCUGCGUAAGAUUUUAAGAGAAAAAAAUCCAAAAUAAAAAAAAACACUUUAGAAACUUAAUUUUAAUUGUAUUGCUUAAUGUUAAUCCACUUACUCUUUGAUUUUUUUGUUGAACAAACUAUCAAUAUAUUCCACAAUAGGUAUGGCCAAUUUAAAUGAGUUCCUUGAAGAAUAUCUAUCCCUCUUCUUUCCUUGAAGCUUCUCAUUUCUUCUCCAAAGCUGUCCUUGCCCUCCAACCUAGCCCCUGACAAAGAGAAGUUGAGGUAGUGGAUGGGAACUAGCUGUCUGGCUAAGAAAAUGGGCAACUUUAAAGACCCUUGUUACUAUGAAGGGAAAUGUUCAAGGUCACAUUGACAUAGGCAGAAUGGAGAGUUGGAGAAUUUGACAGUGGCUCAAAACAGUAAAAUCAAGUCAUCCCGAUAAAUUUGAUUAAAAGGGCAUUUCCCCUUCCUCAAAAGCAGGACUAAGGGGAGGGGUGGCCCCCAAUUUGAUAUUUACCUCAACUCUCAAUUUCACUUUGCUUUUAUUUCAUACAACCCAAGUACUGAGAAGGGGUUUGGAAAUCUAUGAUCUGACAUGUAUUCAUCUGCUACAGGGACAUUUGUAUUUUCCUCCUCAUUUUGUUAUCCAAUGUUUUAUGUAUCCUAACAUAUAUUGUGAUGAAUAAAUCAACAAACAUAUUAUGUAACCACUAUCACAUAUGUUAUGUAUUAAAUUCACAUCUAUAUAUUAACAUCAA